GGCGGGUGGGGCGGGGCGCGAACCUCGGGAGCGAGCCUGACCGCUCGCCCGGCCGCGGAGACUGUCGCCAGGCGCCGAGGUUCCCAAUAAGGCUGAGGACCCCCUGAAACUGUGGCAAUGGAGGGGGGCCCAGCAGUCUGCUGCCAGGAUCCCCGGGCAGAGUUGGUGGAGCGAGUGGCAGCCAUUGAUGUGACCCACUUGGAGGAGGCCGGAGGUAGCCCAGAGCCUGCCAGAAAUGGUGUGGACCCUCCUCCAAGGACCAGAGCUGCCUCCGUGAUCCCCAGUGGUUCUUCAAGACCCUCCCUAGCCCGGCCCAGCCUUUCAACCAGGAAGUUCUCCCUGCAAGAGCGGCCAGCAGGAAGCUGCCUGGAGGCCCAGGCUGCUCCUUAUGCCACAGGGCCGUCCAGCCACAUCUCCCCACGGUCCUGGCGGAGGCCCACCAUUGAGUCCCACCAUGUGGCCAUCUCAGAUGCAGAGGACUGUGUACAGCUGAACCAAUACAAGCUGCAGAGUGAGAUUGGCAAGGGUGCCUACGGUGUGGUGAGGCUGGCCUACAACGAAAGUGAAGACAGGCACUAUGCAAUGAAAGUUCUUUCCAAAAAGAAGUUACUGAAGCAGUAUGGCUUUCCACGUCGCCCUCCCCCAAGAGGGUCCCAAGCCACCCAAGGAGGACCAGCCAAGCAGCUGCUGCCCCUAGAGCGAGUGUACCAGGAGAUUGCUAUACUCAAGAAGCUGGACCAUGUGAAUGUGGUCAAGCUGAUUGAGGUUUUGGAUGACCCAGCUGAGGACAAUCUCUAUUUGGUGUUUGACCUCCUGAGAAAGGGGCCUGUUAUGGAGGUACCCAGUGACAAGCCCCUCCCGGAGGAGCAAGCUCGUCUCUACCUGCGGGACAUCAUCCUAGGCCUUGAGUACUUGCACUGCCAGAAGAUCGUCCACCGGGAUAUCAAGCCGUCCAACCUGCUCCUGGGAGAUGACGGGCAUGUGAAAAUUGCUGACUUUGGCGUUAGCAACCAGUUUGAGGGGAACGACGCUCAGCUGUCCAGCACAGCCGGGACUCCAGCGUUCAUGGCCCCUGAAGCCAUUUCUGAUUCUGGCCAGAGCUUCAGUGGGAAGGCCUUGGAUGUGUGGGCCACCGGGGUGACGUUAUACUGCUUUGUCUAUGGCAAGUGCCCAUUCAUCGAUGAUUACAUCCUGGCCCUGCACAGGAAGAUCAAGAAUGAGGCCGUGGUGUUUCCUGAGGAGCCAAAGGUCAGUGAGGAGCUCAAGGACCUAAUCCUGAAGAUGCUGGACAAGAAUCCUGAAACAAGGAUUGGGGUGCCAGACAUCAAGUUGCACCCCUGGGUGACCAAGAGUGGGGAGGAGCCCCUUCCCUCAGAGGAAGAGCAUUGCAGUGUGGUGGAGGUGACGGAGGAGGAGGUGAAGAACUCAGUCAAGCUCAUCCCCAGCUGGACCACGGUGAUCCUGGUUAAGUCCAUGCUGAGAAAGCGUUCCUUUGGGAACCCAUUUGAGCCCCAAGCUCGGAGGGAAGAGCGAUCUAUGUCUGCUCCAGGAAACUUACUGUCGAAAGACAGGUGUGGUGAAGGGGGCAAGAGCCUGGAGCUCCCCGGCGUCCAAGAAGAUGAGGCUGCAUCCUGAGCCCCUGCAUGCGCCCAGGGCCACCGGCAGCACGCUCAUCCCACGCCUCCAAAGGCCCACUGCCCUCAUGCUGACAGCCGCCCCCGCGGGCAGGGGGCUGAGGACUGUGGCCCCUCUUCUGGCCCCCCUCCUUCUGUCAUGCUGCAUGACCUCAGCGCACAAGUCCAGGGACAGGAUUGCAAUGUUUGUCAUCUGGGGUUGGGGGGGGGCAGGGCUCCCAUGAGGCCUUUCUCCUUCUGGCUCUCCCUGGGGGGACCCAUCCUGUAGGAAAAAGAGGUACCCAUGGUGCCUUAGAAACCCCACCUGGCUAUCUGGCAAAGCAGGAGGUAGGAAACCCAGCUAGCAGGUGGAGGCCUGGUUUAUGACCAUGGCAGAGACAUCCCCUUGGGAGUCAGGCAGGCCUGGCUCAGUUGCCUCAUGAACCUGGAGGGCUGUACUGUACCCACCUCAGGAGGGUCCUGAGAGAGCUCUUGUCUACUGAGAAUGCUGAUAGGGAGGCUCUGAGCCCCAGGGGGUUUUCCUGGGUGUCGUGAAGGCAGGGGCCAGCAUUAGAGAAUUCAGAUUCCUCUUUUGCUGUCUUCAACUUUUACUUUUAACAUUGUGGCGGAAGGGUGGUAUGUAAAGGCCUGCUUGGGAAUGACUAUAAAGCUCUUACGCAGC